AGCUCGGCUAGAUCACGUACCCCAAAUUAUUUCUAACCUUGAGCCUCAACUUGAAGGCUAUAGGCGGUACAUCACGAGCAUCGGACAACCUUGCCUUUUCACUCAUCUGAGGUUCAGGAGUUGAUUUUGCUUCACUCUUGAUCGAUACCAUUUUUCAGACGUGACCGGACGCAGAGACGCUUCCUCAGAAGCGAAAUCUGAUCCACCAUGGCUAUGCAAUUGGACAUGUCACAGGCGGCGGUCAUGCGGGAUGAGACCGGCCGGCCAUUCAUCGUUGUUAGAGAUCAAGGAACGAAGAAGAGACAGCACGGCAAUGACGCUGUCAAGUCACAUAUCCUUGCGGCGAGAACGGUUGCGGACCUCGUCAAGACCUCUCUCGGUCCCCGGGGUUUGGACAAGAUUCUUAUCUCCCCUGACGGAGACAUUACGGUGACGAACGACGGCGCUACAAUUUUGUCACAAAUGGAAAUCACAAACCACGUCGCGAAGCUCCUUGUCGAACUUUCAAAAUCUCAAGAUGACGAAAUCGGUGAUGGAACGACAGGUGUCGUCGUCCUCGCUGGAGCUCUGUUGGAGCAGGCCGCCGACUUGAUCGACAAGGGAAUCCACCCCAUUCGGAUAGCAGACGGUUAUGACGAGGCUUGCGAGAUUGCUGUUGCGGAGCUUGAGAAGGUUAGCGAUACGAUGGAAUUCACAAGAGACCACACGGAAAACCUCUUCAAGGUGGCCAGGACGAGUUUGGGAAGCAAGAUCGUCUCCAAGGCCCACGAUCAAUUCGCAAACAUUGCCGUCGAUGCGGUUCUCUCUGUCGCCGAUCUCGAACGCAAGGACGUCGAUUUUGAGUUGAUCAAGGUUGAUGGCAAGGUUGGCGGUGCUUUGGAGGACUCCGUCCUCGUCAAGGGUGUCAUUGUCGACAAGGACUUUUCCCAUCCUCAGAUGCCUGAUGAGGUCCAUGACGCAAAACUUGCCAUUCUUACUUGCGCGUUCGAGCCGCCGAAGCCCAAGACCAAGCACAAGCUGGACAUCACCAGCGUGGAGGAAUUCAAACGUCUGCAGGCCUACGAGAAGGAGAAGUUUGCCGAGAUGAUUGACAACAUCAAGAACACCGGAGCCAACCUGGUCAUCUGCCAAUGGGGCUUCGACGACGAAGCCAACCAUCUUCUUCUUCAGAACAACCUCCCGGCUGUGAGAUGGGUUGGAGGUCCUGAGAUUGAGCUUAUUGCUAUUGCUACCAAUGGCAGGAUAGUACCGAGAUUUGAGGACUUGAGCCCUGAGAAGCUUGGUAAGGCUGGCAUCGUGCGAGAAAUGAGCUUUGGUACUACGAGAGAAAAGAUGCUCGUCAUCGAAGAUUGCGCAAACACGAGAGCCGUUACAGUCUUCCUCCGAGGAAGCAACAAGAUGAUCAUUGAUGAGGCCAAGCGAUCGCUCCACGAUGCUCUUUGCGUCGUCCGGAACCUUGUCCGGGACAACCGUGUUGUCUAUGGUGGUGGUGCCGCCGAAAUCGCCUGCUCGCUGGCCGUUGAGGAGGCUGCUGUCAAGAGCCCUGGCCUUGAGCAGUACGCUAUGCGUGCGUUCGCGGACGCGCUUGACUGUGUCCCUAUGGCCCUCGCCGAGAACUCUGGCCUGAGCCCCAUUGAGACUUUGGCGGCCAUCAAGUCAAGACAGGUUAAGGAGAAGAACUCGCGCUUGGGAGUUGACUGCAUGCAGAGCGGCAGCAAUGAUAUGCGCGAGAAUUUCGUCAUCGACCCGCUGAUUGGGAAGCGUCAGCAGCUGCUGCUUGCGACCCAGCUGUGUCGCAUGGUCCUCAAGAUCAACAAUGUCAUCAUCGCCGGGAGCGACGAGAACGAGUUCUAAAAUAGAAAAUUCUCCUUAUAUUGAGAUAAAACGGAAUCUCCAUUAGCUCAGCGAAAAUGUCAUUCCCAGUUUCCUCUUCCCUAUUUCCACGCAUAUAACUCAUAUCAUGCACUCGCACUCACACCUUGAAGAGAACGAACACACACAAUGAUGAAGAUGAUGCAUACAUGGCGAUUUUUUUUUUGGCUCACAAAUAAUUGCAAGUAGUGUAUUGUAUUAUACCAAAAAAAUAGAAAGGGGAAAUAUCUUGCGUCUUGCGUCCGUUCUCGUCACUGUCUAGAACCCUGUCUCCUAUCUUUUGUGUAAUCACCGUAGGAGUCUCUGUGUAUCGUUUAAUUUGUUGUAGU